AUGGCGUCGCCGACACCUUCAACGCUCUCUUCGCUCUACCGGCAUCUGCUGCGCACCUCGCGCUCCACUUUCCAGGGUGACCAGCGUAUGCUGACUGCCUGGCGUCAAUUUGUUCGACAGAAGCUGCCUGAGCAGGCCGGUGCUAGGAGUAAUGCAGCUCUGCCUGACGAGGUGGUGAAGGAGUGGUUGGAUGUGGCCAAGAUGCUCAGAAUGAAUGUUGUGCAGGGGGUCAAGGAUGACCAGGACGAGGUAUAUCGUCUUCGCUUCACCUCGGAUACGGAGCUGGGCACUAACGAGAGCAUCAAGAAGGGUCGCGAACAGCAGCUGGCCAACCUAAAGGCCUCAAAGGGCGUGCUAGGCUGUGGUGGUUCCAGCCGCCCUUCUGCCUCCUCCUCUUCACCUUCCACUUCUUCCUCCUCGUCCUCCUCUGCCCGAGCCUUUUCCACUUCGUCCAGCCGCUAUGCACCUCGUGACCCAAGCAAGCUUAAAUCACCACGCCCACAACCACUCCCGCACCCACCUGCGCACUUUCCCUCCAUCACACUCCUCGCCGACGGCUCCUCGAUCUCUCUGCACACCACCUCUCCUCGCUCUUCGCAGCGCCUCACAAGAGAUCCGACGAACCACCCACUGUGGAACCCUAAAAUGGAUGCGAGAGCCGGUAGUGGAGGUGAAGACGAGGCUGGGCGCAUGGAGAGGUUCAGGAAGAGGUUCGCCGAGGUCGUGCAGGAGAGUCAGGGUCAGGAGGGCUCAGAGGCCGGAGCAGGAGGAGAGCAGCAGGAGCAGGAGGUCAGUCUGAGCGAGGGAGAGGCAGAGGCACAAGAGGCGGCUACGCUGGGUGCUGGUGGGAGGAAGAAGAAGGCCAUGUUCGAAAUGGAGGAUCUGGACUGGAUGUCCGAGGGUGGUAGGCAGGCAAAGGCUGCUGCUAGGCCAGUGUAUGGAAAGGGAGGAGCUGGUGGCAAGAGGAAGUGA